AGGGUUGGGUUGUGUGCGGGAGUUUCCGUGUCUGCUUAUAAGUGGGCAGCAGAAGCAGCAGCAGCAGCAGCGAACUAGAGAAAACACUCAUUUGUUGCAAACACGACAUCAGCUAAGAAGACAAGAUGAGAGGCUGUUGUGGGCUUGUGACACUGAAAAAUGAACCAGUGCCUCUGAAGGGGAUCAGUGUGGAGGUGAGGGUGCAGGGUUUUGUAGCGGAUGUCUCCUCCACUCUGCGCUAUGAGAACUGUGAGUCUAGCCCGCUGGAGGCUGUCUUCGUGUUCCCCAUGGAGGAGGGCUCCUCGCUGUACCACUUCCACGCCCAGAUCGGGGGUGAGCGUAUCGAGGGCGAGAUCCGGGAGAAACAGCAGGCUCGUGAGGAGUACGACGACGCUCUGAGCAGCGGGCAGCAGGCCUUCCUCUUGGAGGAGAGCGAGGAGAGCGGUGACGUGUUCCGGCUGAGUGUGGGCAGCCUGCCCCCGGGACAGGAGGCAUCUGUCUGUCUGUCCUACGUGAGCGAGCUGGCAGUGGAGGUGGACGGGGCUCUGAGAUACUGCCUGCCGGCUGUGCUGAACCCCCGCUACACCCCCGCCGGCUCAGAGUCCCUGACAGCUCCAGGGGGGUGCAUCACAGUCCCAGCGGGGCCGGUGCCUUACUCCCUUUCCCUCAGCGCUCAGCUCUCCUCCCCCGCAGGAAUCAGCGCUGUGAAAUCCAACUGCGCCCUGAGUGAGCUGGAAUACCUGCGAGAGGACCAGACCCAGGCAAAGGUGUCUCUCGCUCCAGGUCACCUGUUUAACCAGGAUGUGGAGUUAUUGAUCUAUUACAGCCGACCGCACCAGGCCAGCGUCACUGUGGAGGCGGGGCUAGAGUCUGCCGCGCUCGGCUCGUUGAUGGGCGACUCUGUGGUGAUGGUCAGCCUUUACCCAGAGUUCCCUGCCGCUGUGGACACACCCCAGUCAAGCUGUGGAGAGUUUGUGUUUCUGGUGGAUCGCUCCGGCAGCAUGGACUGUCCGAUGAGCAACGAGGGAUCAGGACCCAUGCGCAUUGAGAGUGCCCGGAACACUCUCCUGCUCCUGCUCAAGAGUCUGCCCCUGGGCUGUUUCUUCAACAUCUACGGCUUCGGAUCCAAUUUUGAGUCUUUCUUCCCUGAGAGUGUGGAGUACACUCAGGAGACCAUGGACUCUGCUCUGGAGAAGGUGAAAGGGAUGCAAGCUGAUUUGGGAGGAACAGAGAUUCUACAACCGCUGAAAGACAUUUACAGCAAGGCGUGCAAACCAGGACACCCCAGACAGCUCUUUGUCUUCACAGACGGGGAGGUGGGGAACACAAAGCAGGUCAUCAGUGAAGUGCAGAAGCACGCCGGCAGCCACAGGUGCUUCACAUUUGGGAUCGGAGAAGGAGCCUCCACAGCUCUGAUCAAAGGCAUGGCCAGAGCAGGGUCUGGGCACCCCGACUUCAUUACAGGCAAGGACAGGUUGCAGCCCAAGGUGAUGCAGAGCCUGCGCUUUGCUCUCCAGCCGGCCGUCAACAAUCUCCUCCUGAACUGGGAUGUCCCGGCCGGGCUGGAAGUGGUCCCUGUGUCCGAGACGCCCCGGGUCCUGUUCCGGGGUCACAGGUUAAUCCUGUACGCCCAGCUGAGAGGGAAGUGUGACGGAAGCUUGGUUGGUCGAGCGACUCUCCAGUACAGUCUGGGAGAGACUCCGCAAAAGAUAGAGAUCAGCUUCAAACUGCAGCCAGAGCAGAGCACCGGGCUUACAACUCACCGCCUGGCCGCUCGAACCCUGAUCCGCACGCUUGAGGAUGGAGAGAGCAUGGAGGAAUGCAGCUGGGGGGAGGAGGAGGAGACGGCGGAGGAAAAGGAGAAGAAGAAGAGAGUGAAGGAGAGAGUGGUCCAGAUCAGCACAGAGUCUGGAGUGAUCUCCUCACACACGGCCUUCAUCGCUGUGAACAAGAACAGCAGCCAGGCAGUACAGGGGCCCCUGAUCCAGAGAAACAUCAGAGCACCCAUGAUGUACAAAUUAAUGGGCUCAUCCAUGCCCAUGAUGGCAUGCAUGGCACCUUCACCUCCAGUGGCAAUGGCCUGUAUGGGAGCUCCAGUGGCAAUGGCCUGUAUGGGAGCUCCAGUGGCAAUGGCGCGUAGCAUGGAAAUGUCGGACUGCAAUUUUACAGUGCAGAGUGCAUUCGGUUACAGUGAUGACGAUCUCUCAAAUACUGCACCAGAACCUGUAGAGAAGGAGGACCCCAUGCUGACUCUCAUCUCCCUGCAGAAGGCUGAUGGCUCCUGGGAGCUCAGCGACUCGCUGGCCACUGUGUUUGAGAAGACUCUGCAGGAAGUGCUCAGCAGCAUGCCAGGAGAGGUGUCUGACAGGGCAGUGUGGGCGACAGUGCUGGGUUUGCUAUGGCUACACGGCUUCAGAGCCGAUUUGAAGGAUGAGUGGGAAUUCCUAGCAAUGAAGGCUCUCUCCUGGGUUAAAGGUCGAGCAGGGGACCAUGUGAAGCUGUGUCUGGACGCAGGGAUCAGUCUCCUGGGCUGUAAAGUGGAUCCGCAGACACUCUCUGUGUGAACGAGGGAGAGAGCAAACCUCCCUGAGCCUUUGGCAGCCUCUCUAUAUAUAUUCCAGCUAGCCAGCUCUGCUUAUAAUAAUAUGUAUUGACAUGACUCUUCAGGCUAUUGAGGACAGUCAAGCCUUUAGGAAAUUGUAUUGGCAAAAAAAAGUGCCUUUUUUAUUUUUUACUAAGUUAUCUGGGUUGUGUGAUGGAAGUUUUAUCUGUCAACUUCCUGCAGGGCAGAGAUUCAGCAAGACAACAAGUUUGAGUAAA